AUGUCAAAUUACCAACUAUAUGAUACUAAAUGUUUAGAUCACCCCAAUGAAGAUAUAAUUUCAAUAUGCUCAACUUGUCCAAAUGACUAUCCUGUAUGUAUAGAUUGUAUUACUGGUAUUCAUAAAGGUCAUAAUUUCGAAGAAUUAGAUGAUAUAAAUUUAAGAAAUCAAAUAGAGGAGGAUUUUAAAAAUCAAACAAUACCAAAACUAAACGACUAUUUAGAAAAUAAUAAAAAAAUAUUAGAUGAAUCAAACAAUCACUUUGAAGAAAUUAAAGAUAACCAUACAAAGAAUUUUGAUAAAACUUUUAAUAUAUUUAAGGAAUUAAAGUAUAUUAUCAAUGCAAAAGAAAAUGAUGUCAAAAGAUUAUUAAUAACUAAAUUAGAAGAAAAUACAGAUGUA